GUGGAAUUCCACUCUUUUAGAUGAAAUUCCACUCCAAAAAAUUUAGAGAGUAGGUUAGCAGUAAAGAACACAAAAAAGAACUUUCAAUUUAUUUGAAUUUUCUCGGUUGUAAGGUGAAUUUUCCAAAAAAAUUGGAGCUGAAAAAAAUCUGCGGAAAAAUUGAAAAGCUCUGAUUUUUUUCUGAGCUUUUAAAACUGUAGAAAAAAGAAUUUUUCGUAUAAGAAACUAUCAUGGUAGUUGUGUAGAGCAGAUUUGAUUAUUAUAGUUGAAGAUUAACUUUUUUCCUACUAUUCUGAGUAUUUUGUAUCCGACCGAUUUUUUUUACUCUAUUUUUAACUUUAUUUUUCAUUAAUAUAGUAAUUAAAUAGCUCGCAAUACACGUAAAAAAUUGUAACAGUGAGGCUGUUGUAAUCAGAUUACACAUUGGAGAUUGAGAUUUGCAAAUUAGAGAUUCGAAUUAAAUCAGUCAGAACGAAACGGAUUACGAUUAAAUUAAAUCUAAUUGAUGAAAUUCUAACCUCCAAUUCGCGAGCCUUGCUCUCUAAUGCACAUUCUGAUACGUGCUUAAGCAAAUCGAGCAAUCACAAUUAAAACUGAUUUUAGAAAGCUUGACUGUAAUUUAUUUAUAUGCUUAUGAUCUUACGGAUACAAUUAAAAUCUUCUACGUGUAUUGUGCAUUGCAAUAAUUCCGCAUUUCUCGUGCGAGCGAAGCUCCUUUAGUAUAUCAAAAUAUUUCGAAUAAAAAAUGUAUAAAAAAAUAUUUUGUUAAUACAUACUAAGUCUAUAGAAAAUAUAAAAAUAUUUUAAUUUAUAUAAAAUUGUAUGGAAAUAGUAAUUGUUUCAUACCGUAGCAAAGGUUGAAGUGAGGCGACGAUUCGUGGAAUCGAAGUGAAGUUGUAAACACAACGUCGAAAUUACGACGUGCCAGGGCGCAGAGAUGAGCCGAGGUAGGGGAAAGACGCGUUUGAAAUCAAGCUCUCUAAAUUUCUAACAAACAUUACGCGACCCGUGUAGGAGCAAUACAAUCGUAAACAGCGAUUGAAGACAGAGCACACUCGAGCAAACGAGGAGAAUCGAAGGGAGAGCGUAGCAAGCACGCAGGGCGCACGUAUAUGUGUGACUACGUCGCGGCGUGUGCGUGUGCGCUGCCUGUGUGCGCACCGCUCCCCCCCAUCCCACUCCAUCGUCACUCUACCGCUGCGUGACUCCGCGUCUUCAACCGUCCGGCUACGACGCACGCCGGCGUCGUGCUCCGCGUUUGUUGUUUAUGUGCCAAGUGAGUUAUCAAUCCGUCGCUGGGCGAUCGUGCCUUUGGCUCACUUCGUCAUACCGCAAUUCGGAGACGGGCUUGUGACGCAUUAGACGAGUCGGUCGCGCCACGACUUUCCCCUCGUCGUUCCGUCUCGUACGCGCAAUUUUUCCGAUCGGAAGUGAGGUUAAGCGUGUCCGAGGUGUCGUGCCGAACCUCGCACGAUCGUCUCGAGGCAUUCAUCCGUCGGGAAUUCGCGUCUGAUUGAAAGUGUGUUAGAAUUUUCGGUCGGAAUCUACGACGUUCUAAAAGCUUCUAUGAGAUUCUAUGGGGUACGGCGAGUGGAUCCGGCGCGACGUGAAGUUGCUCCGCGUUAGAUUUCAGUUUACUUCAGAUUCUACGACGUCGUGCGACGCGAUAGAGACGUCUGGAAUGCGUGUCGCGUUGUUCUUUCGUCCGAAAUGUACGGUGCGUACGCGAUUGUCCGUCGGCAGUGUCGUGCAGAGUGCCGUCGGGUAUUGGUUGCGCCGAUUAAUUGCGCAAAUGAUAAUUAGCAAUCUACUCUAAUAUAAUAGUUAAGGUUAGUUGACAAAGUAGACGCUCGCUCGCGCUACGCGCGCUCCUCCUCCCUCCUCCCUCCUCCCUCCUCCAUUCCUCGCCUCGCCUUGUCUCGUACGCGUAAUUUUUCCGAUCGGAAAUGAGGUUAAGCGUGUCCGAGGUGUCGUGUCAAGGCUCGCAUGAUCGUCUCGAGGCAGUCAUCCGUCGGGAGUCGCGUGUGAUUGAAAGUGCGUUGGCAUUUUCGAUCGGGAUUUACGACGUUCUAAAGUUUCUAUGAGGCUCGGCGAGUGAUCCGGCGCGACGUGAAGUUGCUCCGCGUGAGACCUCAGUUUGCUUCAGAUUCUACGACACCGUGCAACGCGAUAGAGACGUCGGGAAUGCGUGUCGCAUUGUUUGUUUGUUUGUCUGAAAUGUACGGUGCGUACGCGAUUGUCCGUCGGUACAGUUGAUAGUAACGUGCAAAGUGCCGUCGGGCGCUGGUUAUCGCGCGAAAUGAUGAUAAUUCGCAGUCUAACCUAAUAUAAUGGUUAUGUGACGUAGUAAUCCCGGUCGCGUUACGCGUCCCCCCUCCCCCGCCUUCCCCCUUCUCUAGCGUUUCGGUCUCGUACGCGCGAUUUUUCUGAUUGAAAGUGAGGUUAAUCGUUUCCGAGGUGUCGUGUCGAGUCUCGCACGAAUCGUCUAGAGGCAGUCAUCCGUCGGGUAGUCGCGUGCGAUUCAAAAUUCGCAAGAAUUUUCGAUCGGGAUCGACGACGUUCUGUACGCUUCCAGACGUUCGGCGAGUGAUCCGACGCAACGUGAAGUUGCUCCGCGUGAGACUUCAGCUUGCUUCAGAUUCUACGAUGCCGCGCGACGCGAUAGAGACGCCGGGAAUGCGUGUCGCGUUGUUCGCUCGUCCGAAAUGUGUCAUGCCGUACGCGAUUGUGCGUCGGUCGUGUUGUACAAAGUGCCGUCGAGCGUUCGUUGCAUCGCGCCAAUCAAUCGUGCGAAAUGAUGGCAAUCACUCGGAUCCGUAAGCUCGAUUCGUGCAAGUGAGGGCCAGUAAAUAUUGGGAGCAGCGGCCGACAAGAUGGCGACGGACCUCCAGGCAAUGCCUGAUCCACAAAUCCAGUCUAAGCUGGGUAACUACUCGCUGGUGAAGCACCUACUCGACAAGCCUAAGCGCCUGAUCGGCAUCGAUGGCAUCCCGCCGAGUCCGGCACCCUCGCCGAUGCCCUCUGCCCAAAGGUCGGGCACGGACAGCUCGGGCAGGUGUUCCCCGUCCUCGGGGCAGGAGUUCAAGAAACCCGGUGGUCCCCGGGGCACGAGCGUCGCAUCUUCCUCGUCGAGUGCGAGCCAUCAGCAACAACGGGGCAGCUUCGUCAAACCUGCCGACGGCAAGCUGCCCUACAACGGCCGGGUUGCCUAUCCCGGGCAACCGGUCAAGCACGGUGGCGGCAGUAACGAUCAUCGCAGUCACGGUUUACUUCCGGCCAAGGGCCCGCCGCCGUGCUCCCAACCCUUACCUCCUACCGUGGGAGGCAACGGCACGCUGGCGAUCGGCAAUUCUGGCGGAAGUGCCGGCAACCCCAGCAGCAGCCUCGCGAGUCGCACUCAAUUCGCUGGCCGACUGAAGCUGAUCGAGGUUAACGGGGCUAACUCGCGAUCAUCGAUCGAUAGUACUCAAGAUGUAGAAAACAUUUUGAAGGAGGUGACCGUGCCACUCAAGCCACUGACGGCGAUCGCGCAGACCCCGCGGAAGGAGCACGAGUCCAAGUUCACCUUCAUCCCUCAUUUGGCGAAGUUGACGGAAGUCCCACCAGAGCCCGCAAAGCCUCAGCGCCAGCACACCACCAGCAGACUGUCUGCGGAUCUUGCGCAGGAUCUGAGCCUGUCGGAUAGUGAGGAUGAGGAGAGUAAGGAAACAUCGUCGAGACCGACGAGAGGAAACAGGAGUCCGGAUAUCUCGGUCAUCAUCUCGAUACCUUUAUCGAAAAUCACGAUGUCCAUUUUUGAGCAUCGUUUGAUCUCGCAUCCUUACAGUCUAUCGACGCCGCUGAUGACGUCGGCGCCGCCGCUCUUGACACCCAUGUCGCCCGUGGUCAUGUCGCCUGUGGGUCCAUUGUCACCCCCGCGGCCGAUCAGCCCUCCGAGAUAUUCGUCGCCGCCACCGAAGCGUACGACGCCGGAGCGAGUGCUGUCUCCUCUACCCGUUGUCAAUCAUCCCUUACCAUCGGUGUGCUCUCCGACGAAUCCGGUCGUUGUUGGCCAUCCGUCGAGUCCAGCUGAGGCGCCGCAGAGCUCCGGAAGUGCCAGCUCGAGCUCGGACUCCGGCUCGGACUCCGGCUCGGACAGCAGCGACGAUUCUGAGGAUGAGGAUGACCUUGCGUCGGCACCGCCGCCCUCCAAGGGUCCCACCACGCCGCCGUCGGUCUCACCGAAGCAGGAAAAUCUGGUCGAGGAACCGCCGCCCGCCGUGGAAGAGCGUCGCUGGGACCUGAGUUCUUUCUUCAACAAGACGGCAGUGCAGCAUGGCGAACAGAACUCCGAAUCGAAGCCGGCUCAGGAUAACGUUAGGCGGGAGAAGGCGCUUGAAAUAACAACAGAAACCAACAGAACGCAUAGAGAACAGUCACACAAUUGGCAGCUCGAUGAAUCCUUGAAGAGGUCUCACAACAUGAGUUCCCCCAGCGACAGCGAUCAUCACUCCGACCAGGAGAAGGUUCAUCAGCUGGUAGAGGAUAAUCGCGCACAGACGGAGAAGCCGAAGGUUGCUGAUACCAGGAAACGCGGGCGACCUAGAAAGUCUAUCAAGAGCCCGAAACGAGGUCAUCGGGCGUCGGACGAAAAUCUAAAGAACAACAAGCAACGCAGCCGGACGAGAACGGUUGCCAAUUCCAGUAAGAAGAAGCAACCCAAAUCGAAGGAAACUGUGACCACGAGCGACGAUGACAGUAACUCGAGAUCGCAGAGUGAUUCCGAAACCGAUCGUCGACCUACCAAAGUGUCGGCCGUGGCACCGACGAGAAACGAAAAGAGAUCGAGACUGAGCUUGUCGUCCAGCGACGACGAGAGUUUGCCACUGAAUAGGAAAAAUAAUAACAGUGCCUCCGAGGACGACGCUACGCGAUGGACGAGAGUUCCUCCCAUCAAGCGGAGCAACCUGUUGGACUCACCGAAGAAGCAAGAUCAGAAGAAAAAUUCUGCCAAGGGGAAGCCCAGGCAGCCGAGAUCUAGAGUGACCAAUGUGACUGGCGGCGGCUCGGAUUCCGAUAGUGAAACGGAAAUGUCUGUAAGGAGUAAUCGCAUCAAGGUGGCUCGAGUGCCACCGAGACCACGAGCACCUCCAACGAGAACGACCUCGCCUGAUAACUCCGAUAGCGAUAAUAGUCCGGCGUCGAAGUUGCAAGAAGACGACGCCGGCAAUGUACAGGACAAGAAGAAAAGCGACACGUUGCGCCACGUCUUCUCGUCGAAAGGCGGCGGGAAGGGUGGUGGAAAAGGUGGGAAAGGUGGCAAAGGUGGCGGUAAAUGCGGUAUCUACGUGGAGGAGUAUACGAGUAAUUCUGCUACGCAUACACCGACCGGCGGGGACAGCCCUUACAAGAGACCGUCCUCGCGGACGUCCGGUGGUGGUAACAAUAUUCUCCUACGCUCUCCACCAGCGCUUACACACGUGAACGGCAUACCGAGUCUCAUGUGCAAGAUAGAUCUUGGCAGGAUAUCCUCACAACUUUUGCAACUAGCGAGAGGACAAGAGCUCAGGCAACGCACGGAAUUACCCGACACCAGGCCAUCUUCGAGGCAGAGACCAUCCUCCAGUUUGGCGACCUUGCAACCGCCGAGGCCGUCUACGCCGGAGGAGGGCGAGAUCAUAGAUACGCCGCCCCCGCAGCAGCAGAUCGUGUCGGAUCGUGGAUCGAGAAUUCAUCGUUCCGACGGAUUGUUGGGCGAGGGUGACGGCAGACGUUCACGUUCUGUGAUCAAAAGCCAGCCGAUAUCGUCGGACUCGAAGAAUAAUGGUACUGUUCUCGGAGGUGCCGGUAGUGCUAAUGGUGCCGCGACGCUCGGUAGCGCGCUCAAGAGGAAACGUAAUCCGAGUUGUAGUUCCGUGUCCAGUUUGAGUCCCGUUCAGUGUUUAGUGGACACGAAAACCAAGACAUCGUCCGAACAUAAGGACAGAAGUCGCAAGAGACCACGGAGGCAUGCCGCCAACGAAGGAUUAAUGUCCAGUCAGAGUGAUAUCCAGCCGACGAAUCACGAAAGGGACAUAGAAAAGGAUACGAGUUUAUUACCGCCUCCACCUCUCCCAGCACAGCGCGUCUACUAUUCUUACUUUGACCCUCAAAAUGAAAUAUUGGAAGAUCAGGAAAGAUAUUUGUGUUUCAGCCACCAUGACCAGUACCUGACUGAAGCUAAGCGACUGAAACACAAUGCUGAUGAGGAGAAUGAUCUUACAGCACAAGGCAUGAUGUAUCUAGAAGCCGCUUUAUACUUCCUUCUGACAGGCGAUGCGAUGGAAUCAGACCCAGUUACGGAAAAAGCCUCAUACACUAUGUACAAAGAUACUCUUAGUCUCAUCAAAUACAUCUCGUCAAAAUUCAAGAGUCAACCCAACAACUCACCCGAGAAUAGUAUACACACCAAGUUGGCCAUCCUGAGCCUUUGGUGCCAAUCACGCUUGUACUCCAAGCUCUAUAACAUGCGUAAAUCCGAGGUAAAAGAGGUUCAAAAGAUUGUCAACGACUUCAAUCAGAAACAACCUCAACAAUCAGUAGCACAGACAACACCUGCUCAGGCGGAGGGGCAAGGCACGCCCUCUCUUUCGCCUACACCGUCGCCGGCCGGUUCUGUAGGUUCCGUCGGUAGUCAAAGUUCCUCCGGAUACAGCAGUGGUGGACAACACGCUAACCCGGCCACUGGCCAAUCAACAUCGGUCAAUGGUCAAUAUAUUAGCGUGCCAUUACACGUUUACAAUGCGAUGAUGAAGCAAAAUCAGUAUUCAGGCUUACUUACGAACGGUCACGACCUGUGGGACCAAGCAAUAAAGCAAGCGAAACAAGAAGAGAAUAGAAGCUUUUUCAUCGACUUGGAUCGAAGAUUGGGACCCCUGACAUCGUAUAGCUCAUUACGCGAGCUUGUGCGUUACGUUCAAGCGGGUAUAAAGAAGUUACGAGCUCUCUGACCACAGUGGCAUAGCCCCCGACCACCCACUCCAAACUACAUUACUUCCCUUCCUCAAAAUAUGGUCACUUACCCGACCAUGUACACGUAGUUGCGUAGCGUCGUCGCAUCGGUCAUUGUGAUGUCAACCAACAACCGGCGACGCAUGGAGACGUGAAAAGCAGGAAAGUGCGAUAGCGGUGAUUUAGCAAAAUCACAGACUAUUUUCUUUGUGACGAGUGGUCUCAGGGGGGUGCAGUCGAAUUGAUAACGAGAAUCACAGUCUAGAAGAAGGAAAGAGCAGCUCGCAAGGUGGCAUUCUUUAGUCGGACGACGUCGGGGCAUUCUUGAUAUAAAUUUAGCAGCAAGUUUGUAGUCAAUUGCAAUGCGCGUGCCUGAGGGGGCGAGGAAAAAGGCGGCCGACCGAGGGAGAGAGUCGCUUUAUCUUAUUACUACAGUGCAUAAACGAACCCUCGUGCACUUUGUUUAGAGCACGUGUUACUUACUCUCGAGGCGCAGUGGAAAGAAUCGUUGGGCGGGAGGAUGAUAUUGAAACGCUCGCGAGCAAUAACGCGAGCGCAUUAGAUUUCUGACGAAUCGCAGUGAUAAUGCGUGUCUAUUUUUCCGAAAUGUCUGCUUUUGUAAGUUAAUGCAUAGAUAUCGAUGCGAGAUAGACAGGGGGGAGGGGAGAAUCCGGAGAUAGGAGAGGGUGAGGAUAAAAACGUAAAGACCGAAUAUGAGAAAAGAAGUGAAAAAUCACUAAAGGAAUAGUAGAAGUGCCACGCAAAAAGCGCCCGUGUGUUCUCGCUUCACGGUGCGCCUGACGUUACCUGAAGCAUGAGUAUCGUUUCGACGAUUCUAAUGCGAUGAAUAUAGUGGAUAUACAUAUUUAAUAUAUAUAUAGUUUAUUACCUACAUAAAUAUAUAUAAAUAGUUAUAAAGAUAAGAAUAUAUUUAAUGACGCGAAGAGAGAUAAUGCAUCUCGCGCGCCGGCGCCGCGUUUCAGUAUAGGGGAACAGACGACAGUUGUAUUCGCGAAUAUGGGAGGAGCUAUCGUGAUAAAAUGGGAAAGUGGGAGAGGGCAGAGAGAAAGAGAGAGAAAUUGAAGGAUUUUUGAUGUGGAGAGAGAUGCGCGAGCAACAGGAUCAACAACCAGGAUCAAGUGAUGUGCUAUAGUCUAAUGUUUCCGUGCGAAGCACACAACUCUUUUUUGUAGAUAGAUCGGGGAAGUAAUUUAGAUUAGAAUAAUUAAUAUGCAAACAGGAAAAGCAGUAACAGAUGCGACUAUAUACCAAUACAUAUUAUUUACAUUACCUAGAGUUAACCGGGAGAAAUAAGUAGAGGUUCUAGUGCGAUUGAAAAGUAAAAAAAGGAAAAAUAAUACCGCAUACACAUAUACCGAUAACAUGUUUUAACGAAACGCAAGCGAGGGAAGAAUGAAGCGAGGAUAAACGCUAGAUAAACGCACGCUAAAAGUGCGUUAGGAGGUGAAAUGGUAUCGGGCGAAAUGUAUUCGCGAAUAAUAAAUAACAGCUAUGAUACUCGAGAUUACCAUUUGCAAAUAGAUUUCGCUCGGAUAUCUUUAGAGGCGAACAUCCCUUUUUGCGCGCGCACGACAUGAGAUGCUAACGGAAACAAUGAAAGAAAGAACAAGCGCAAGCGGAUAAGCAAGUUGCUCAUGUGUAUAUUUUUGUAAAUAAGAUAUUUGUGAGUGCCGCCGUCUUGAGGGCGGUCUACCGUCAUUGAGCUCGCGGUAGAUCGGCCCGCCCCAAUUUUUGCUACCACAGAUCUUGUCGAGAAUCGGAUAAGAGAUUAACAAAUAGGAAAAGAAGAAGGAUGAGAAGAUGUAACGAAACGAUACGCGACGAAAUGUGUCUGUUGAAUUUAGUUCCAAAAGAAAAAAAAAAGAAUAUGUUUUUUCCGCGCUUUCUUUCUUCGAGAAUGGCCCAUUUGUGCGUUUACUCCCUCAAACGACUUUUUGAUCUGUCCCCAGUUUUUACAAUUGCUUCUCGAUUGGUAAAUCGUGUCGAGAAAAAUUCUGAAUGCGUCACGGCAGCUUCGAGUUUACCGGUGAUUUGAUUCGCCUCGUGUUACAAACGCAUCUCUUCCCCCGCGUAUUCGAUCAAUGAGGAAUCGAUGACGAGUAGAUCGUGUGAUUUAUAGCAGCGGGGAGGUAUGAUCGGCGAACAUCCGGAGUUUCAUUUUCUCGAUAAAACACCGAAUUUGACGGAACUGUGAAAUCUGAACCCGCAAAAGGGAUUCUUUAGAAAAUCUAAGAUCACGUAGUUUAAUACAUAUCCGAUCUAAAUUUAAUUCUUCCGAGUGAUUAACAAGUAUCGCCCAAUCGGAGGAUGAUCAGUAGCAUUCUCCGAGACCGUAGGACCAAUUAUCAUUUGUAUAACUGUUACAAUAAAACCAUAUUGUUGUCUCGCGUUGCGUCCUAUUAGCAAACCAUCAGGACAGAUAAUAAAGAGAGAAACGCAGGCGGAUUGGCGGGAUGACGAUGGCCCAUAGUUAUUAAGCGCGGUCCAAUGGUUCACGGGAUACAAUUUUAUAUUUCGCGAGUGCUAAAGAGAAUAAAAGAGGAGAGAUUAAAAGAGUAAAAGUAAAAAAAAAAAAUGAAAAAGAAGUCUAUUAAGAAGCUUCGAGAAUAUUUUCGAGACACAUUUAUAGCAGAUACAUAUAUCAGGCCUAUUUUCCCGCCAGGCCGACCGCCCGAAGAGAAAAAGAAGUAAAACAAACGGGAAUGCAAAUUCGACGAGAUACCAAGUUCGGCGUGGUUUGUCGAGAGAAUGAAAACGAACGGUGGAAUUUUUGAAUGCAUUAUGCAGAAAACGAGUUUGCGACGAGCGAAAAAGAGAUUGCUUAUGCUGCUCUAUGUCGGUUGUCAUUUUAUUUAGUUAGUAAUUGGUUUUUAGAUAGAUUUUCCUUUUUACAAUGUUCUUUUCGAUAAUUUCGGGCUGAUGUAUGUUCCUCUAGGACUUCCAAAGAGAUAAGCAAAGGGUGCUGUCGCUCCGUAGAACGCCGCGUAAAGCACGAAUUUUGAUUGGAAAGUAUUCGCCUCCUCUUUCGUAGGUUUUUUUGGUUUUUUUUUCUUUUUAAUCCUCUUCCCCUUUUAUGUAUGGACCAUAUGAUGGAAUCGUGGCAUUGCGUUUUUACUAUAAUUCUAUUAAGCUAUUAUUAAUAUCAUCGUUACUGUUAUUGUUAACAUGAUGAUAUUAUUGGCGAUAUACGAUAGAUGAACAGUUACAAUUGGUAAUAAUAAUAAUGAUCAUAAUAGUAAUUAGAUAUAGACGAUAAUUAAUAAUAGUAACAGUAACGAUGUUACUAUUUAUUAAGUAAUGAUUAUUACGUUUACGAUUAUAGUAUCGUUAUUUUUCUUUCGAAAUAUUUUUAUGAGUGAGAGAACGCAUAAAACGAGGUGAAGUGAUGCGUGGGAGGUGGAAAGCGAAGACUUGUGCGUGUUACACAUACACAUACAUCGAAGAGAUGUACGUUAUUCCUACUUGCAUCGCGAAGUUUAAUGGGGUCGUUUUGAUCGGGCAGACACGCGAUCGGGCAGUUGCGCGACAGAUAUCACCUUCGUAUCUGUAAAAGACCUUAAUAGAGAGCUUAAUUAGCGCCGUUUGAUUUGGUCUUCUUAAUCCCCUCUUCCCUUUUCCCCACACAAACACACACAUACCCUCUUCCCCAUCACACACAUCACCCCGUACUUGUAAAAUAUUUAUAUAUGUAUAUAUUAUUUAUAUAUAUACAUACAACACACCAGUACAUUGCGUGUAUAUACAUAUACAUAUACAUACACAUAUAUAUGUUAAAGAGAUGAGAGAAGCAUACACACACGCAAUCUUAAUUAUGAUUAUAUCAUAUAUUAUUACAUUAUUAGUAAUUAUUACAUUGAUGAUUAUACGCGAUAAUUAUUUUCCUAUAUUUGAUACGGGACGUAUUGUGUACUACCCAAUUCUCUGAAUACAAACGGGCGUUUUAUCUCUGCUAAGCUUCCCUGUCCGUCGCGAUUGUGCCAAAAAGGAUGAGAUAUUGCGCGCGACCGCGCCUUCAAGUAGCCACGGCGUCGAUUGAUUUUAAAAACAAGCCUCGCAGAUUGACCGUAUUAUAUUCCUCGCAUAUUCUCAUCGUCAAAGUCCUCCGAUAAUAUCCCAUGCAAAAAUGGAUAAGUUCCUUUAAUUGUCUUUUGUUCACGUCGCUGUUUUUCACGCGGAAGAGCUCGGUUUGAGACAUUCCCUGUGUACAAAACGCUCUCGGCCAGAUAAAUCACAAAUGCAAAAUGGUCACGCAAAUUGCAUAUAAUUUUAUGUUAAUAUAUUAUAAUUAUUUAUUAAUUAUAAUUAAUUAUUAAAUCGCCAAAUAUAAUUUAAUAAAUUAUUAAUACAAGUUAAUAAUACAAAGUCUUUAAUAAGUUACUAAUUUUAUUGUAUUUAACUUAUUUAAAAAAUUAAUUUUACUAAUAUUUAAUUCUACUAUACGACGUUUGUAAUUACAUAUUAGUUAUAUUAUUUAUAUUGCAUGUCAAAAAAUUACUUUUUUUUUUUAGUAGCAAUUAUUGAAAUUGUAUAUCUUGUAAUUUCGUAUUUUAUAUUCGAUCGCAGCAGAUUUUAAAUCGUCGAGUUCUUCCUCUGUUCUUUCUUAUCCGAAAGACAUGGUCUGAAAUCGAGCUCGUGCGUAGAGCGGACUGACGGUGGCGGUGGCUGUGGACGCUCUAUUUCGCGGACGGACGGGCGGACGAGCGGACAGGGUGGCUUAUCAGCAGCGUAUUCCGAAGUUGGCGGAGCAAUCGUAUGCCGUUGGUUGGUACCGGGCAAUGCACAAGUAAUCCAACUAAUUGCGUUGACUGUGCGUUCAUAACGACGACACGUCACGCAUAUCACGUGGACGGACUCCGCGUACGACGGCGAGGGUAGAAACGAAAGGGGAUUCCCUCCACCCUCCUUUAAUUUACGAGUUGUCAUUCACCAGCUCGCCGUAGGCUUCCAACGCGUGUCCCUCACGCGCGGCCCGAUCGCUAUCGAAACGAACGGAAAUACUUAGAUUUUUUUUUAUUAGAGUUUUUUUCGGUUACGACAUUUGCGACAAUACUUAGAAAAAUCUACCCUCCCUUCGUGCGACGUGGAGUUGCGUCGAGCCGAGCAAGCAAUAUACGCGACAGACGGCCAUCUCUAAUUGGCAUUACGACCAUGCAACAUACACGUGCUGAGAUAUAUAUAUAUAUAUAUAUACAUAUAGAUAUAUAUAUACACACAUACACACACAAACACGCCACAUUGACUAAUUACACGUGGUUAUACUUAACGAAUCGUUUAGUGACAGGCAGACAGACAGGCGAAAGAUAGCCAGAAGGGAAGGUAGAAGCAAGAAGAAGCAGGCAGAAUUAAUUAGAGGAUUGAGAGGGAUCGGAGGACACGUGAAUGAGCAAACCGCACCAAGGAGAGACCAAAUUAUAUCGCUUACCGAGAUAUAAUUACCUAUUUGCUUCGUAUUUAUUUUAAUCGUUAAUUAAUUAUUGUAUUUAUUGGCGCGGAGGCUGACACGCAUAAUUUUCGGGAGACACGUUAAUUACACGAAAAUCAAUUACGCAACAUAUACACAAAUACAAAUGUGCCCGGCCGAAUCACUUCAGAUCGUUCGAAUCAUUGCAGAAAUCACUGCAAAUCUUUUAAUUGUCAUCUGAAGAAUCUUUGGCGCUUAUUCUCGUCGAGCAAAAUGACUCGCGAGCAGAGAAACGAAUUGGAACGACUCAAGAGAUAAAUGUGAAUCUCUUCUGUUUUUGCCUUUUAUUUUUAGUAGAGAUCGAUUUGCAGCGAGAGAAAUCAUCGCGUUAAAGCCUCGUGUAAUUUAUUCUAAAAUAUGAUUUAUAUUGAAAAUGUGCGUCAAAAUUUAAUAUCGUGCAAUCGAAGAAAUUCACGUUUUCCUAUGUAGAAAACUCGUCAUUAACGAUUAAAUUCAGAAAAGUGUAAUAGAGCUUACGCACAAUUUUUGCAAUGCAAAAAAUUGCGUUAAUCAUAUGAAUAAUAAAAAAAUGUAUAUUUUAUACGAAUUUCUCAUCACUUCUUAACGUCAACGAUCGCCCAAUGCUUCGGCCCGGCGCAUUGUCCAUCAUAGCGAUGCAACUUCCUCGUUAAUUGCGGAUUAUUAUUUAUUUCGUCGUUGAUACACACAUUCACACAACAUUUUCGACAUUGUAGCGGAGGAAAGGAAGUACAAAAUUUACACAUAGCGGACGCACGAAGUGACUUGUAAUACUCCUUCGACGUAUCUCGUAAACGUUCCAGAUGCCUCACCUUGUACACCAAGUAAUCAAUAUUAAAAACGCAGAACUCUCUUUAAUAGUUACACUGUUCCAUCCCCUUUUGUUACUCACGUUGCCAAAAAAAAAAAAAAAAAAAAAAAAAUGAAGCUCCGUGCGAAUUGACAUCGUAAAUUAAAAGAGAGCAGGAAAGGACGAUCGCGCGUCGAGGUGAAUCGUUCUUUGUCAACGCACACUCUCCUUUUACUUUUCGUUUUUCUUUCGAGAGAGCUCGCCAGUUCAUUUCCGAUCGAUUGCAACGCGAGCCGAGGUAGCCCCUCGGCCCCGUCUUAAUUUGUUUCCGUGUGCGUCUGAUCGGCUGAUGUCUUUCGUCACUUUGCACGCAUUUCGUUAUGAUUUUCGCUCUCGCGGAAACGCGUAUUUCCUCGACGAAUGUCAGUGCAGCCUUUGACUCUUACACCACACGCGAAGAGAGGAAGACAAAAUAAUGAUAAAACGUAUCACGUGAGACAACGGCGACAGGGGAGAUAAAACGUGGGAAGAGAAAGACCCGUGACAAUAUAUACAUAUACAUAUAUAUAUCUAUAUAUUUGCGAGAUAUUUUGUGAAACAGGGCUUUUUUACCUAUUUUAUAGUAAUCUCAGCUUAAACGGAUUGAGAGAGUGGGAGCGAGAGAAAGAGAGAGAGAGAGAGAGCCUUUACUAAAAAAAAAUAAUAAAUUAAAGUGAUGUGACGAGGAUGUUGUCAUGAAAUGACGUAUUAAGCAGUUGAUGAGCGGUCUGUAAAUGCGUACAUACAUAAAUAGCAUAAAUGCCGUCGUUUAAUGGGGACGGUUUCACUAUAACGUGUACCCUAUUUUUGUUUAUGUUUUGCGCCUUAGAUUUAGCAUUAUUACUAUUAUAUUCUAAUUAUUAUUAAUUAUUUUGAUUAUUAUAUAUUAUUAUGUUUAAGAUUCUUAUUAAUUAUUAUUAUUAUCAUUGUGUAUAUGGUAUAAAUUGUAAAAAGGAGCAUAUUUACUAUAUCAUAUUCAUUUUACGGGGACAUUCCCCCGAAUGAACAAAUUGUUUAAACUAAAAUGAAGGAAUAAAUAAAAUAUUGACCAAAUUAA